GUGGGUGGGGUGAGUCGGGAUGGGGCUGAGCGUCAACUCUGAGAAAACCCAGCGACGAGAGCGGACACACGGAGACGAAUAACGGUCUGCUCCAGGAAGAUGGCUCUAAUCAACACCCAGGCCUUGACAUCCCGUUUGGGCCUAGUGCGUUUGGCUGCGGCCUUGUGUACGUGUGUGGCCUUCAGCCUGGUAGUACAUGUCUCGGCCUGGUGGGGUCAACAGGGCAGCUGGUGUAUUUUCGCCUGGUGCUUCUCGUUCGCCAUCACCGUCCUGGUUCUGCUGCUGGAGGUGUCGGGAACAGCAGGCCGGAUCCCUGUGUCGUGGAGAAACGCUCCCGUGGUUGCCUUGAACGGCCUCCUCUGCCUGUCGGCCUCCGUCAUCUACCCGCUCUACUUCCUGGGCGGAGCAGGGCAGGGCCUACGCCGGGGCGAAGCCUACUCCCACGGCGUGGCAGCUACCGUCUUCUCUUGUUUGGCUACUGUGGCCUACGCAGCUGAGGUCUCUCUGUGUAAGGGGAAGCCUGGAGAGACCGUGGGCUACAUGGCCACAAUUCCCGGCCUGCUCAAGGUGGUCGAGGCCUUCUCGGCCUGUGUGAUCUUCGCCUUUGUCUCAGCCACGGCCUACGAUACCUACCCGGCCUUGCAGUGGUGCCUGGCCGUCUACUGCCUCUGCUUCAUCAUGGCUGCCAUUGUCAUCAUUCUCUGUGUGACGGAGAUGACUAGUUAUCUUCCCUCCCCCAUCCACAAGUCUCUCAGCCUCUACGCACUCCUCUGUGCUCUCCUCUACGCCACUGCCCUCGUCCUCUGGCCCCUCUACUGCUUCUCCCCUCAAUACGGGCACCCACGUAGGCCCUCAUCCUGUAGUGGUCGCAGGACCUGUAGUUGGGACUCCAUGUUGACUGUGGCCAUUCUCACCGGCUUCAACCUCCUGGUUUAUGUGGCUGAUCUGGUGUAUUCCUCACGUUUAGUGUUUAUCACCACCUCCUGAGGGGAGGAAGAGGGGGGGAGAGGGGAGAGUGAGGGGGGAGUGGG